AUGAUUGCCAUUAGAAGGUAUGCAACUAAAUCAGUUCAUACUCAUACAAUUAAAACUCCUGUUGAUUUAAAAGCUGCUAUUGCAUCAUUAAAACCAAAAGUUACUAGAUUAUCAAAUGAUGGUCCAAUUGAAUGUGACUUAACCGGAUUUCAAGUCCUUAAUUCUCCAAUUUAUAAUAAAGGUUCAGCUUUUACUAUCGCUGAAAGAAAAGCUUUUGGUUUAAUCGGUUUAUUACCAUCUCAAGUUAAUUCCUUAGAUGAACAAGUUGAAAGAGCUUAUACUCAAUUUUCUUAUUUAAAAACUCCUUUAGCUAAGAAUGAUUUCUGUACUUCAAUGAGAAUUCAAAAUAAAGUUUUAUAUUAUGAAUUAGUUAGAAGACAUAUCAGAGAAAUGUUACCAAUUAUUUAUACACCAACUGAAGGUGAUGCUAUCGCCAAUUAUUCUCAUAGAUUUAGAAAACCUGAAGGGUGUUUCUUGUCAAUUGAAGAUAUGGAUUCAAUAGAUGAAAGAUUAUCAGCUUAUGGUGAAGAUAAAGAUAUUGAUUAUAUCGUUAUGUCCGAUGGUGAAGGUAUUUUAGGUAUUGGUGAUCAAGGUGUUGGUGGUAUUAGAAUCGCUAUUGCCAAAUUAGGUUUAAUGACUUUAUGUGGAGGUAUUCAUCCUGGUAGAGUUUUACCAAUUGUCUUAGAUGUUGGUACUAAUAAUCAAGAAUUAAUAAAUGAUGAUAUUUAUAUGGGUAAUAAAUUCCCAAGAGUCAGAGGUGACCAAUAUUGGGAAUUUGUUGAUAAGGUUAUAAAUGGUAUUAAGGCUAGAUUCCCAUCAGCUGUUAUGCAUUAUGAAGAUUUCGGGGUUUCAACUGGUAGAACCAUGUUACACAAAUAUAGAGAAACUUUACCAUCAUUUAAUGAUGAUAUUCAAGGUACCGGAGCUGUCGUUAUGGCUUCAGUCAUUGCCGCAUUGAAAUAUUCAAACAGAAAUUUAAAAGAUUGUGAAAUCUUGAUUUAUGGUGCCGGUUCAGCUGGUUUAGGUAUUGCUGAUCAGAUUAAAAAUCAUAUGAUUGUUAGUGGAAUGUCCGAAGAAGAAACUUUAUCAAAAAUUCAUUGCAUGGAUAAAAGAGGAGUCAUCUUAAAGAGUUAUACUAACUCAAGUGAAGGACAAAUUCAAUAUGCUGAUAAUGAUGCUUUAUGGGAAGGUGUUGAUACUACUAAUUUAGUCGAAUGUGUAAAUCAUGUUAAACCAACCGUUUUAGUUGGUUGUUCAACUCAAGCUGGUGCUUUCACUGAAGAUGUUAUCAAAACCAUGUACAAACACAAUCCUCAACCAAUUGUUUUCCCAUUAUCAAAUCCUACCAGAUUGCAUGAAGCUAUUCCAAAAGAUAUUAUGAAAUGGACUGAUAACAAUGCUUUAAUUGCUACUGGAUCACCUUUCGAACCAGUUGAUGGAUACUAUAUUUCUGAAAAUAAUAAUUGUUUCACUUUCCCAGGUAUUGGUUUAGGUGCUGUUUUAUCAAGAUGUAAUACCAUUACUGAUACCAUGAUCUCAGCAGCUGUUGAUCAAUUAGCUUCAUUAUCACCAAAAAUGGAAAACCCAAAGAACGGUUUAUUACCAAGAUUAGAAGAAAUUGAUGAAGUUUCUGCUCAUGUCGCUACAGCUGUUAUCUUACAAAGUUUGAAAGAAGGUACUGCCAGAGUUGAAUUAGAGAAAAAUCCUGAAGGAGGAUUUGUUGAAGUUCCAAGAGAUUAUAAAAAAUGUCUUCGUUGGGUUCAAAGUCAAAUGUGGAAACCAAUUUAUAGACCUUUAGUUAAAGUUGAACAUGUUCCAGAAAUUCAUACUUAUCAACAUUAA